CGCAUCGCCUCGCCCUCUCCUUUCCCUCUCCCUCCCUCAGUCCUUGCCGCCCCGCCCCGCCCCGUUUGGAUGCCCCCGCUCGCCCCACCCUCUCCUCCCUCAGACCUCGCCGCCCGCCCACAUCGCCGAUGCCCCUCAGACCACGCAGUGGUGGACCUCUCUCCUCCCACGCCCGCGUUCUUCCUCCCCCAACACGCCCCCACUCGGCCCCGCAUGCCUAGGCGUCUUCCACCAACCACGGCGACGGCGCAGCGGCCACGGAGGCGGCGGGUCAGCAGCGCCGGUGAUGGCGUCCGUGGCAGCGGUGGAGGGCGCGGCCGCGGCGCUCCGUUCGGUGUUGUUGCGCGCGCAUCAGGCGGCGACGCGGCCUGGGCGCGCGUCGGAGUCGGUGCGCGUGGUGGCGGUGAACAAGACGAAGCCCGUGGGCGUCAUCCACGGCGUGUACGACGCCGGCCACCGCUGCUUCGGCUAGAACUACGUCCACAAGCUCAUCGACAAGGCCCCCCAGGUUGUACCCCCAGCUGAGAAGAAUGAAAUUUUUAUCCCCUUUCACCGCGUGAAAGAACUGCUGAUUGGAACGUGAAUGGAAAACAAGUCACUCUCUCUCUCUCUCGUGCUUCUGCUCGCCCGGGAUGCAGCUCUUCAGUGAGCUCGACAAGAUGUGCUUGAAGAAAAGGGCCAUUGGAUUGUACAGGAAGAAUGGGAUGUUGUUCUUUGCUGCUUCACCUAGCCUUGCUGCUCGACCAUGUUGCCCCUGGUGUUGUUGUUGUGGGUUGGUGCUGCUGCUGUUGCAGGGGCAGCAGUGUCUCCAAGCAAACAGGUUGUUGUGUACCUACGACAUAUUUCUGUGCUCCUGGAUGUGCUACAUCACCUCAUCCUCUCAUUGGCCGCCUCGGUGCCCGUGGCGUUCGUGCUCAUCGGCAGGACGGUGCAAGGUGCAACUCCGAUGCAGCGGCGUGGAUGUGCGGUGUAGGAAGCGGUUCCUCGCCGGCUGGACGGCGUUCAGGCGCAACCCCGGCGCCCACUAAGUACUGCCUCGGCUACGACCUCCUUCAGUGAGCUCCAUCUUCCUCCUGCUCUGCUUCAGCUACUGCAUGGGACAUGGCUAGGGCUACGAUGAUCAGUUAUGGCUGAUAUAGGCAUGCUCUCGAGCAAUCGAGGCAAUUGUUGUGGGUAUUAAUUUGGAUCCCCCCUCAUUUCUUUGAGCUAUUUUGAUCACGUUCUUAUUUUAGUGACUCUGUCCUUGGAUGGUCAUUUCUGCUGAGUGAUAACGAGGGCAGUUUCACCCUCAUAAGAACAUAUUGAUCUGGUGAUCCAUCAAGAAAUCCAUCGAGAAAUAAGGAUGCCGGUCAUCCUCCCAGCUCCUCAGCCGUUUGGGAUUCCUGGCCGUCGGAUCGGGUGGCUUGAUCGGAUUUGGGCCGUCGGAUCGACCCCUGUAACGACCUCAUCCGUCGGAUAAAAAAAGUUACUGCUGGAAUGAAUAGUUACUCCCGUUUCAUGCCACCGCUCGUAAAUAGCCUGCCCCGCCGGGGGCAUUCUCGCCAUUUCGCUUUGUCUGUGGCGGUGGCGUUCGUGCUAGGGCGAUGAUGAUUAACUGUGGCUGGAAUAAGUGUGCCUUUGAGCAAUCAAGGCACCUUUUGGUAUCAAGUUGGAUCCUCCCUGUUGUCUCUAGAAUCCUUUUUGAUCCUGUGAUACCUGUUGAUCUGUCCUUGGAUGGUCAUUCUUGUUGAGUGAUAACCAGGGCAGCUCCAUUGUGUAAACAGAUUGAUCUGGUGAUAAGAGAUGACGGGGUAGGUUAUAUGAUUGAGGAAAGGCGAAUCUGAGCCCAC